AUGUCACUCGUACUCGUGGAUUUAAACGAAGCUUCUUUAUUAUGGAAUUUGAAAAUUCGAUACGACAAAGAAUUAAUUUACACAUAUGUCGGAAGCAUUCUCGUAGCCGUUAACCCAUACAAAAUGUUUGACAUUUACGGAUUGGACAUGGUUAAAAAAUAUGAAAAUCAAAUAUUAGGAACUUUACCACCACAUUUGUUUGCAAUCGGAUCGUCGGCAUAUGCGGCAUUAAACAAAACAGGAGAAAGUCAAGUGGUUGUUAUAUCGGGUGAAAGCGGAGCUGGAAAAACGGAGAGUACAAAAUUGGUUAUGCAGUAUUUAGCGGCUGUUAAUAAAUCUCCAAGCAAUUUGGUGACUGAACAAAUACUCGAAGCUUCGCCAUUGUUGGAAAGUUUCGGUAAUGCUAAAACCGUACGAAACGACAACAGUUCAAGAUUUGGAAAAUAUCUAGAAGUUCAUUUCAACAAGGGCGUUAUUAUCGGAGCUAAAGUAACGGAAUACCUUUUGGAAAAAUCUAGAAUAGUCACUCAAGCCACCGAAGAAAGGAAUUAUCACGUUUUUUACGAAAUGCUAUUGGGUUUACCGGAAUCCCAAAGACAAUCCUACGGACUUUUAACUCCGGAAAAAUAUUUUUAUUUAAAUCAAGGUGGAAAUUGCGAAAUUGAUGGUAAAAACGACAGAGAUGAUUUUCAAAGUUUGCUGUCGGCAAUGCAAGUCCUCGGAUUUACCAACGAAGAACAAGAUACCAUUUUCAGAAUAUUAGCAUCUGUUUUGCACUUGGGUAACGUUUAUUUUCAUAGAAAACAACUUCGUCACGGUCAGGAGGGUGUGGAAAUAGGGUCGGAUGCUGAAAUAAAAUGGACGGCACAUCUUUUGAAAUUAAAUACCGAGGGUAUUAAGGAUGCUUUAAUGACAAAAACAACAGAGGCAAGAGGAGAAAGAGUACAAACUCCAUUGACAAUCGAUCAAUCUUUAGAUGCUCGAGACGCAUUUGCAAAAGCUUUAUACCAUACUCUUUUUUCAUGGCUCGUGGCUAGAAUAAAUCAAAUUGUUUAUAAAGGAACUAAAAGAACGGCCGCCAUUUCAAUAUUAGAUAUUUUCGGUUUUGAAGAUUUUCAGGAAAAUAGUUUCGAACAAUUGUGCAUAAAUUAUGCUAAUGAAAAUUUACAAUUUUAUUUUAAUAAACAUAUAUUUAAAUUGGAACAAAUGGAAUACGCAAAGGAAAAAAUUCAAUGGCAAACGAUUAAUUACGUCGAUAACGUACCAAUAAUCAAUUUGAUUGCUAAAAAACCCGUCGGCAUUUUACAUUUACUCGAUGACGAAAGCAAUUUUCCUAAAGCCACGGAUGUGAGCUUUCUUGAAAAAUGUCAUUAUAAUCAUGCAUUAGAUGAAUUGUAUUCAAGACCGAGAAUGUCGAGUUCGGAAUUUGGUCUUAAACAUUAUGCAGGACAAGUUUGGUAUAAUGUCGAUGGUUUCCUUGAUAAAAAUCGUGAUACUCUUAGAUCAGACGUUGUAGAAUUAUUGAUAUCGAGUAAAAUAAAAUUGAUAAGUACGAUGUUUGAAAAUUAUAGAAACGUUUACGAGAGUACCAAGACUAUAAAUAAAGCAAAUGGACGUUUUGUUACAAUGAAACCAAGAACUCCGACGAUCGCUGCCAGAUUUCACGAUUCACUACAACAAUUAUUAACUUUGAUGGAUCAAUGUAAUCCUUGGUUUGUCCGUUGCAUAAAACCAAACAAUGAUAAAGCACCCAUGAAAUUUGAUAUGCCCAUAGUUAUAGAACAACUUCGUUAUACCGGAAUGCUCGAAACAAUAAGAAUAAGAAAAACCGGAUAUCCGAUAAGAUUAAAAUUUUCACAAUUUUACGAUAGAUAUCGUUACUUUUUACCCGAUCGUGGAUCGACCGUUGCUAAAGGAACACCUUACAGGGAAUUAUGUCGAUUUAUAUUUGAAAUAAAAGAAUGUAAUUCGAAUGAUUAUCAAUUGGGUACGACGAGAGUGUUUUUAAGAGAAAAUUUAGAAAGAGAAUUUGAAAAAGAAAGAAGCGAAAUACUUCACAAAGCCGCAUUGACGCUACAGACAAAUGUUAGGGGAUAUUUGGCAAGAAGAAAAUAUCAUAACAUAAAAAAGAGCACUAUUAAACUUCAGUCUGCGGUGAGAGGUUGGAGAGAAAGGAAAAAAUAUAAAAUAAUAAGAAGAGGAAUAAUAGCAGCGCAAGCAAAAUUCAGAGGUAAAAGACAGAGGAAACGUUAUUUGGAAUUGAGUGCCGAACUUAAAAGGAGGGCAGCUGCUGAAAAAGCGGCAAGAGAUCGUGCAAAAGUAAAAGCACAAAAAGAAGAACAAGAAAGAGCGUCCAGAGCCGUGGCUGGAGUUAAUCAUUUGGAAAUUCCAGCCGAACUUGCUUUUAUUUUCAGUAAAUUAGAUGAUUGGGAACAAACGCACACGGAAAGAAAUUUGGUUAAAGUUGUCGGUACUGUUGCUUCGUCUGGACCUAAAAAACAUCAUCAUUUGCCUCAGGAUAUAGAUCAUCAUGCGUUUACAAAAUUUACAAAUAUAUAUUUUAAAUCUCACGUUUGGGGAAUGAAAAGAGAACCGAUAAAAACUCCAUUUUUAGCUAAAGCAAAAGACAUGGAUUAUCAAGAUUCUUUGGCUUUGUUUAAACUCAUAUUAAGGUUCAUGAACGAUAAUAAUCUUAAUGGUAAAAAAGAAACCGUUUUAGGAGAUUAUAUUGUUAAUAAGGGUUUAUCAAACGACAAAUUGAGAGAUGAAAUUUUAUGCCAACUUUGUAAUCAAACUUGGAAUAAUACCAACGAUGCAAACAAUGAACGAGGGUGGUUAUUAAUGGCCAAUUGUUUAUCCGUUUUCCCUCCUUCGCACACACUUCAAAAAUAUUUAUUAAAGUACGUGUCCGAUCAUGCUUACGACGGAUACAAAGCUUUGUGCCAACGAAAACUGUUACAAAUUCAAUCGUUGGAAUUACCAUUGGCAAGAUGUUAUCCUCCAAACGUUUUGGAAUGGAGAAGUAAUAGAAAACGUGUCAACAUGGCAUUGCCACUUUAUUUUUCCGAUGAUGAAUCGGCAACGGUUGAAGUUGAUUCAUGGUCAACGGGAGAAGAUUUGGCAGGUUUUGCAAUACGAAACAGAGGUAUACAAGAAUGUAACGGAUGGUCUGUGGUUCUUGCCGGUGAAGAUGAUGAACUGAUUAGAGAAUCCAUGGGUUGUGAUUACGUUAUGGAUUUAAUUAGCGAAAUGGAAAUAGCUCCAGCUUUUCCAGUCAGUAAAAAUUCGUUAUUAAUGGGUCACGAUAGAAUCGCACCCAAGUCUCCAAUGAAUGACGAUAUAGAAGUACCCUUGAUAGCCCCUCGCAGACCCAUUAAUCCUCCACCACAACCUCCAGUCAGGAAACAAUCACGAGAACUAUUAGAAGAAACUGUUAACACACCGAGAAAACCAAUUAAUAGAAUUCGAUCCCAAUCUAAAGACCACACCGUCGAAAGUGGUUUAUCAAGGAAAUCUGCUCUUAAUGAUAGAUAUUUCGAAGAUGGUAGAAGCAGAAGUUUGGAUAAUCUAUUAGACCCUGAAGUGGCCAUGCCCUAUAAAUUAGAUAAUUUGGGAUUAUCAAGAAGUAGGCUUAACGAUCGUUAUCAUUCGGUCGAUAAAAUUCCAUCAAAUAAUUCAAUCAUCGAAGGUAGAGCGGUAACCAAUCAAGAAUACAUGUCAAAAUCUGAAAUAUUAUUAGAAGAAAAUUUAGAAUCUGUUAGUCAGAGAGGAGAAAGUCAUAGAGCUAUAGAAUUAAAUGGAUCAACCGACGGAUUAAACGAUAAUCAAUCCGACGUCAUUGCACCAUUAAGUAAUGUUAAUUUAGAUUAUGAUUAUCAAGAUAUAGCGGCAAGGAGUGAAGAUGAUAAGGGAAGUUACAUUAGAGGUCAUCCAAGGUUUAUAAAAUCACAAUACGCUGGUAAAAGAGCUGCUCCAGGAAGUCAUUCCAGCAGAGCCUACAUAGAAAAAUCUGAUUACGCAGCAAAGUCUUCAGCUCUUAGCGAUACCAGCGAAGCUCCAUCAUUGGCAUCCCAUGUCAGAAGAGUUAGAGUGCCAUCACAGGCUUCGGACGUGGAUCAAUUUUUAGACGAUUUAUUUAUGCCAGUUUUAGAUGGAAAUUUAGAUGAAUUAAGCGAUGCAAGAAGUUUGGCAGCGAGUAUCAAAGGCGGCGGCAGUAAAAAAAUUGUAGAAAAUGAUGAUGAUGAUGAUCGUGACGAUAAUGAAGUUGCUUCUUUUACUAGUUCGGCUCAAAUUUCCGUCGGUCAACCGUACAGGUCUAGACCGAACGUAGAAAAUGUUGACGAUUACAUCACUAACUUAUUUCAACCGAUAUUUGUUAACGAUUCCGUUAAUAAAUUAGCUAAUGCAUCGACAUUGGCUCAAAAAAUCAAAGGAGGAGGAAGAGGAGUCCAAGAUAAAAGUGGUACUCAACCUGGAUUCACUCCAAUAACGAAUAUGACUUCACCGACAAAUGUUAUACCUGGAAUGAUGUCUCCUCCGCCCAUGAUGAUGCCAUUGUUUUCUCCGACAGCUCAAUCCUCAGCUAGUCUUUCAUUUAUGGGUCCGGGUGGUGUGACGGGUGCCGCUCAAACCAUGUCCACCGCCAAUUUUUAUCCUGCUAGUCCGGAUGCAAUGAUGCAGUCCGCCAUGUUACAUUCUAUACCUAUUUAUAACAUACAAGGUUUAAACCAUCCAAAUCAACAAAUGGAUACAAAUUUAUUAGCUUAUCAGCAAAAUCUUCAAAGAGCAUUCUUACAAAGUGCAAUGGCACAAAAUAUUCAAAUACAACAACAAUUAUUUGCACAAAAUCAAGCAUUGCAACAACUUUUACAACAACAACAACCAACAGGGGCUCCGAUAAAAAGUCAACAACAAACUCCGGUUUCAUUUGGUACGGAAAAUUCUGAUUUUUGGAAAAGAGAAAAUAAAGAUGAACAAAAUCCAUCAUUAUCAUCAUCGAAAAUUUCAAGAGGAUUUAAUGCGACACCCGUUCAAUCCACCAUAACUGCUCAAAUCCAUCGCGAACAAUCACCUUUGCAAAUGAAUUAUGGAAUUCCAGCACCACCACCAUUACCGCCACCACCCGAUGCCGUAGAUCCCCAUAAUCGUCCAUUUAUUGACCCUUACGGUCGUGCAAAAACGGUUAGAAUAGGAAAAUGGAGAUGGCCACCACCUCAAGAUGGUAGUCAAGAAGGUUCCGAUAGCUUUUUACAAUUUAAAUUACGUCAGCAACGUAAAACGACGCCGCAAAAACAAUCUUCCCAGGAUUCAAACGAAGACCGAACGGAAAUUAUUGAAUGGGAAGAAUUUGAAAUGAGCAUCACUGAUAAAACGGAACAAAGUAGCAGAAAAUCAUCUGUUUCAACUCGUAGAGAAUCUAAAGAACAUAAAAGUUCCAUGAAAUCGUUUGAACUUGGUGCUCAAAGACCAUCACCCGGUAGUAUUGGAAAACUCAGAAUAAGUUCGGAAAUGCGACACAAAUUAGAAAUGGUUACUUCAACUCACAGCGUAAGAUCAACUGCCAAACCUGAAAAACCUUCUCUUUCUCAAGUUUCUAAUAUGAACGUACCAAGAAAAUUAGAAGAUAAUCGUAGAUUAUUAUUGGAACAACAAUUAGCCGGUCGUUGGGGAAGCGUAGAUUCCGUCGAUCAAAUUGCAAGAGUCGUGACUAAAGAAGAACGAGUGGAUUUACAACCCACAAACAUAGUAAGAUCGCAAGUUGAAAGAAUGGAAAAAACAUCACCGACUGGUAUACCAUCGAAUCAAAACACGCAAUGGAGACCGAAUCCACCUCCGGCACCGGUUGCUCCACAUCACAUGGAUGGACAACAGAAAAAACCACAACCUCCUAGUCGAUCCAGUAGUAUUUAUUCUUCCAGCAUCAAUCCGACGGCAAGGCCACGUUCACCUCCUCCUCCCAUACAACCGGUUAAAAGAAAUAAUUUUAACGGAAAUUCGGAUUUAUUCGGUAUCAAUACAAAAGAAUCUUACGGUCAUCAAGAUUAUAACGGAAGGACGAACGGAAGAAGAGAUGAUAUGUUCGAAGAUCACAAAAAAGAAAAUUAUAACAAUUUAAGAAACAGAGAAGAUUUAACGAAUCCCGAUUUAACAAGGAGUAGAGAAAGUUUAUUUAAAAGAAAAGUUGAACUCGACAGACAAUCAAACAUUUCUGAACAUAUUGACAGAAUAGAAAUCGAAGAAUCAUCGGAAUUUUUAAAACCCAUGGACAUAGCUCCUCCCACGUCAAUUCAAAGACAUUACGAAGUUGCCGAAACGAAAUUAUUUCCACCAUCGACAGCUGCUUUUUUCACCUACAACAGAAUCCCGUGGAAAUUGCUUGUUAGAAAAGAAGUUUUUUCCCCAAGUGAAAAACUAACAAAUCCCCUCGCCGUUCAUUUAGUUUUUUGUCAAAUAGUCAAAGAUGUUUUGGGAUCAAAUUGUAUAAGAAUCACGAGGGAUCAACGAGCGGACAUGAAAAAGCUUUUGGAUGGUUACGGAAUAACAAUAAAUAACGUUUCGUCGCAAAAUCACAAACAAACGAUUAAGAAAAACAUAGUGGAAUUAGCCAAAGAAUGGGAAACAUAUUUUUGUAGAUUGUAUCCGGUAUCGGGUGGGCAAACACAUAGGACUGUACAAUAUUUAGGUAUUUCGCAUUCGGGUAUAAGGUUGAUUCGUAAAGAAAAAGGAGUCCCGCAAGAUCACCUACAAAUAAUAGAAUCCGUACAAUUUGAUGACGUCAUAGAAACAUCAGUACCUAAAAAUAGUGCUAUUGAAAUAAUAUUGAGAACAGGUGGCCGAUUGGUUUUAUAUACUCAAAGAGCUCCUCAAAUACGAUCCAUGAUACAAAAAUACAUCGUGGAAGUAGAAAAGGUACGUUGUUUUCUUUACGCAUAUUCCGUUGAAUUUGUCCGAAGCGUUGCCGAUCACACAUCGAAUAGAGAUCCGUCAGUUUUGAAUUUUCGAAAAGGUGACAUAAUUAAAAUUUUAUCACCUGAACAUUAUAAUCAACAAUAUCAGGAAAAUACAAGGAUAUCCGAUAAGGGAACGGAAAAUUGGACCGGAAGAGGACCUCAGCAAAGGAUAUUACAUUCUCAAUCGAAAAUAAAUCACAAAGAACAUAAUAAUAAUAAUAAUAGUAAUGAAGAUGAAAUCGUUCAAACGUCAAUAAAUGAUGGAAAACAUUCAUUGUUACAAUUUGCCAUGCAUUAUUUUAGACAAAGUCCCGAAAAAUUUGAAAUGCUCAAAACUGCGGAUGGUUCGAUAAGUGGAUCUUUAAAAGUGAUCGAAGGUAAAAAUAAAAAAAGUAAAGAAAAAGGAAAAACGGGGAAAAAUACGUCGGAAUGGACGUGGAAGGAACAAGUGGAUUUGGUUAAAUUCACGGCAAAACCCAUAGCACAAUCUUUACUACAAUUGGAUACGUCAGAAUUAAGCGAUUUGGCCGUAGAAUGUUUUAUUUGCCUCAUGAGGUACAUGGGAGAUUUACCCAUGCCUACAGACGUUUCCGAAGUCAAAUGCGUUUAUACAAUAUUAAUGCAUUGUCACAAAUUCGAACAACUUCGCGAUGAAAUUUAUUGUCAACUUAUGAAACAAACAACGAAUAAUAAAUCAAUACAACAAGAAUCUUGUCAACGUGGUUGGAGACUUUUUUCAAUUGUUGCCGCUUAUUUCGUUUCUUCAGACACGUUAAAACCUUUUCUAUUUAAAUAUUUAGAAACUGCUGCUUACGACAAGAGGCGAGCCUAUCACGGUACGGCAAUGGUUUGUUUACAAAAUUUAAGAAAAACAUUUAAAUAUGGCGGAAGAAAAAAUGUACCGAGCGUUGAAGAAAUAACUGCUAUAAGCGCUGGAAGAAAUUCUAAAAGACAGAUUUACAGGUUACCAGGUGGAACGGAAAAAGUUGUCAAUACGAAAAGUACGACCGUCGUUCAAGAUGUUAUUGAAGAACUUUGUGUUAUGAUAAACGUAACAAAUCCUCAAGAAAUGGAAGAAUUUUCCGUUUAUUGCAUCGUCGAAGGUGAUACAUUUACAAUGCCACUAGCUAGAGAAGAAUACAUAUUGGACGUAACGACCGAAUUACAAAAAAAUCAUCAAGUUUUCUAUUUAAUUUUUUGCCGAUCAGUUUGGUAUUUUCCAUUAAGAUUAGAUUCACAACUUUAUGUCGAAGUUGUUUUUAAUCAAAUCGCACCUGAUUAUUUGGAAGGUUUGUUACUCGUUAUACCUGGAGAAUCAUUAGAACAAGACAUAAUCUACGACAUAUCAAAAAUAGCAGCACUUUUACAUAAAGCAGCCGAUAUGACGCACAUUCCGACAAUGAAAGAAACAAAAUUUUUACUUCCAAAACCUGCAUUGAGUGUUCGAGAUGUAAAACCGUCACAAUGGGUCAAUAUGGUUCAAUCAAAUUGGCAGGACUGUGAAAAUAUGUCUACGAUUCAGGCCAAAGCUCAAGUUUUAGAUAUUUUAUCAAAAUGGCCACUUUUUGGAUCGAGUUUCUUUGCUGUUAAAAAGGCUGUCGAAUCGAAAGAUAGAACUGAUCACAUAUUGGCUCUUAAUAGAAAUGGAGUACAUUUUAUUGAUUUAAUAACACACGAAACUUUGUUGCAUUAUCCAUUUUCGGAGGUAAUAUCAACAAGAAAAGUUAAAUCCGAGGACGGUACAUUGUUUCUUGACAUGAAAUGUGGUAAUUUAAUGCAGCAAAGAAUAACAAGAUUACAAACGGAUCAGGCUCACGAAAUAUCCAGGUUGAUUAGGCAAUACAUCACAAUGCAACAGAGAAUGGGUCCCAAUUAA